AUGGAUAGUGAAGAAGUUGUUAGCACUAGCAGCACUAUUCCAUCGAUAGAUCAAGAUACUACUACUAUUUCGAACAAGCAUAAAACAACAACUACUGAAUAUCUAGGUCAAUGUCUUGCACGUUGUCUAGCUAGUCAAGCACAUCUCUUACCACUUCUAGGACAUAUAGCACCUGUCUAUUGGUAUUAUGAUCAAGCUUUAAGUUUAAAUCCAUUGCCUAAUUUAGUUAUUGCUAUUGAACCGGAACCAUUGGCCAAUUUAAAUGCUUCACAACCGGGAUUAGUGACCACUGGCAAUUGUCGUUUCAUAAAUCCAGGUCGAUUUGGACAAGUGGAAUAUUCCAACGAAUUAUCAGGGUUUAAAAAGAAAUAUGCUUUCAAGGUUUAUUAUCCAAAAACUGAAAUUGUUGAAGAUAGUUGUCUACCUUAA